AUGGCGUCUCUCACCACCUCCUGGUUGCCCAAAACCCCAAUUCCUUCUCCUCAAAUCCCAGCGAAAUCCCAUCAGUCCCCACAACUUAUGCUUGUAAAACGGUGCCGUUUAACUCCUCAAAGAAGGAUCUUUCUGGGUUCCGCCAUUAGAGCUUCGAACGCAAGCGCUGCCGCCGAGUCGUCUUCUUCUUCUUCUUCAUCUUCUCCGGGACUCUACUCGGCCAAGCAAUUCGAGCUCACAGUUCCCAACGUCGACUUGGUCCUCGAGGACGUCCGCCCCUAUCUCAUCGCCGAUGGUGGAAACGUCGACGUUGUGUCCGUCGAAGACGGCGUCGUUUCUCUCAAGCUCCAAGGGGCUUGUGGAAGCUGUCCUAGCUCAACAACCACCAUGAAAAUGGGGAUUGAACGAGUGCUUAAAGAAAAGUUUGGAGAUGCACUCAAGGAUAUUCAACAAGUCUUUGAUGAAGAGAACAGAGAGACCACAGUUGAGGCAGUGAAUGGUCAUCUCGACAUAUUGAGGCCGGCGAUCAAGAACUUUGGUGGAAGUGUUGAAGUGUUAUCAGUUGAAGGUGGGGAUUGCCAUGUAAAAUACGUGGGGCCUGACUCCAUUGGAUCAGGAAUCAGAGCAGCUAUUAAGGAGAAGUUCCCAGAUAUUGUCAAUGUUGUGUUUACAGGAUAGCUAAUAGCUCGGCUUGGUCAAUCAAUGGAGAUGUUGUUGGACAUGGAAAUCUUGUUGCUCCAGGUCUGAUGUAUAGCAUGAUUAACCUCGAAUUUGUAUAUGUUGUUGAAUAAGUGGGUUGCCAUUAUUUUCAGCAAACAUGAGUAUGUUUCUAUGUAAUACAAUUUGCCAGAUCAAAUCUGGGACUUUCUCAACUCCAAGCCUUCUACUUUGCUAUUGUUACAUGUAAAGACGUUUGAAGAUGGAAUUUUCGUAUAAUGUAGCAAUUCAAAAGUUCGGUA